AUGUGCUCUGUGUUCGUGCUGAGUGUCUCCAGCUUAGCCAACAGUCUGCGGCGCACAGACUCCUCCUGCUCUCCCUUCAUCACAGUACGUGGUGUCGCAGGGGAGAUGAGCGUGUGCGUGUGCGUGUUCUUAGAGGGGGGUUUGGGGUCUGUUGUGGCCCUAUACGUGUGUAUCGUGGGCGUAGGAGAAGGCUUUGCGGCGGUGGGUGGUCUGCUUGUGCUGGUUAGUUGGUGCAGGACAUCUCUUGGGUUUCUGCUGCUGCCUGAGGCACGGGCGAAUGGGAUGAGUUGUACAGUCAAUGAAGCCUGCAGUGGCGCUGCCGUAGUGUACUACAGCAAUGGGCUCCCCCAUCACAGUCAGGGUCUUGCUCAGCUGGCUAAGCAUAUGCUGGACCU